AUGGCCGGCGUGCAGGGCGGCGAGGGCGACGACGACGAGUUUUUCAAGAGCGUCUACGCCAAGGGCUACACAGCGCCCGCGCAGGCGCACGCGGCGGUCAAGGCGGAGAAGCGGAAGGGCGGGGACGACGCGGAGGUCGGCAGGCAGCGCGAGGAUGCGGGGACGGACGUACCGACAGAUUUCGGCGGGAAGUACAGCAAGGCGUGGGAGGCGAAGGCGAAGGCGGCGGAGCGCAACUGGAAGAAGCGGCGCGAAGACGACCUCACGUGCAAGAUCUGCGGAGAGGCGGGGCACCCCACUCAGGGUUGCCCCACCACCCUCGGCGGGGGCGGAGGUGGAGGGUUUGGCGGGGAGGGGGGCGGGCGGGGGGGCGGCGGAAAGCGCCAUGCGCCGUCCGCGGCGCACCCGUUCGCAAUCAGCAUCGGGGUGGCGGACCGGCGCAUGCGGUCGCGGAUAAUCGGCACGGCGGGCAUGGUGGUGCAGGGCCUGGAGAAGCAGACCAACUGCCGCAUCCAACUCGAAGACGAUCUCGCCGUCGGCGACGGCGCGUUUAUCGUUAAGAUCUCCGCGACCGAUCGCGACACGCUGGCAGCGGGGGAGAGCGUGGUGCGCGGGUAUAUUGACCAGCUUCAGUUGGAUAGUUUGCGGAAGGGCGGCGGGAUUCUGGGCGGGCCGGCGGCGGUGCAGAUGGCGCUUGCGGCGCUGGCGCACGACCCCGCGCAGCAGCAGCUGCAGCAGCAGCAGCGCAUGUGGGCGGCGGCGUCCGCGGAAGCGGCGGGGGAGGCGGAGAUGGUGAUAGGGGGGGAGGCGGAGAUGGUGAUAGGGGGGGAGGCGGAGGACGCGACGCUGAGGCUGAUCGCGGCGCAGCUGGAGGCGCAGCGGCAGGCGGGAGGGGCGAUGGUGGGCGCAACGGGAAUGGCGGCGGAUGGGCCGGCGCUGGUCGCAAUGGGGCCCAUGGGGGGAAUGGGCGCGAUUGGCCAGAUGGGGCCGAUGGGGCCGAUGGGACCGAUGGGAGCGAUGCUGCCUGGGGGCCCGGUGGGCGCGUAUGGGGGACAGGUAGAACCGAGUGGUAUGGGUGGUGCAGGCAUGCCGAUGCUGCAGCUGCCACCGCAGGGGCCGCUGCCAGCGUCGGUGGAGGAGCUAGAGGCGGUGGUGGCGGCGGAGACGAGCGCGCUGCAGCAGGCGCAGGCCAGGGAGGAGAAGGAGGAGACGGACCGCCACACUCUGGUCCAGUACUCUCUUAACUGCGCAUGCCUCCUCAUCUUCUCUCUGCCCGACGAUUCCCCCUCUCUGCGCGUCCCCCCCCACCAGCGCAUGGAGGAGAUCCGCGGGCGGUUCACAGCGCUGGCGUCGAGCCUCUCCUCCCGCCAGGCGCAGCAGCGCGCCCAGGUGUACCUCAAGCUCAGCCAGCAGCACCCCCACCAGUUCCAACCUCCCCCCGCCCAACCCCGACCCCCGCUGCAGCCGCAGCUUCAGCCCCGUCCCCAGCAGCCUCGUCCCCAGCAGCAACAGCCCCAACCGCAGCAGCCCCAGCACCAGCAGCCCCAGCACCAGGCGCCGCCUCAAGCUCAGAGUGAGCCUCAGGGGCAGGUGCAGGCUCAGGUGCAGACACAGGCGGUGUCACAAGGUCAGGGUGUCGGUCAGGGAGGCGGGGGGUAUGGUUAUGAGGGCUAUGGGCAGCAGCAGACUGGUACCCAGGGGUGGCAGCAGCACCAGCAGCAGCAGCAGCAGCAGCAGCAGGGAGGGCAGCACGGUUACGAAGGGCAGGGUGGAGCAAACGAGUACAGCCAGACCCCGGGUUAUGGUUACAACGCUGCUGCCGGUGGUCCCUCUGCUGGCAACGCAUGGAACCAGCCAUCACCCAAUCCCGGGGCUCAUGCCGGUGGGUACUCUGCUCCUGGUGCAGGACCAGUAGGGGGCGCUGCUCCUGGCUACAACUAUCAGCAGCAACAGCAGCAUCAGCAGCAGCAUCAGCAGCAGCAGUACCACCACCAGCAGCAGUAUCCCCCUGGUACCAACCCUUCGCCAGGUGCAGGGGCAGGUGGACCAGGAGCGCCAGGUGCUGGGCAGUACCAGUCGUAUGAAGCAAAUGGUUACCAGCAACCACCUGCCCCGGUUGCAGCCAAUGCUGGCUAUUAUCCUGGUCAGGGGGGAGGGCUGCAAGGUCCAAAUGCAGGGCCUCCAGCACCGCAGAGGGGAGCUCCUGCAGGGAAGGAAAGCAGCGGUGCGGGGGAAAGGGAGUUUGAAUGCCUGGUGGUGGGUCUGCCAAGGCAGGGACGGAAGCAUCCCCAUUCGCGCGCUGGACACGCAAUUAUAGGAGUGCGCCGCCGUCCCCCUGAAACUCACCCGCGCGCUAUCCGUGAGCGCAAAGGUUGA